AUGUCGAGCCCGCGUUCGACAAUCAUCUUUAGUGAAUUAACCGAUACGACACCGGUCGACCCUGAUGAAGGACCUUCUAAAGCAGGUGUAUCAAUAUCCGAGAUUGAUAAAAUGAUCGCACAAGAAACCGCUCCUCUUUGGAAAUUAUACGGAAACAUGCAAGCAACGAUUCAGAAGCAGCACUUUGAAUUUGAAAACACCAUAAAAAACCUGAAAGAUGAAGUGAAGACUCUUCAGGAUGAGAAAAAAGAAAUGGCGGAUAAAAUUGAUAAUCUUCAAUUGAACAAUAACCACUUAAAAGACAAUAUAAAAUUAAUGAAAAUGGAAAAUGAAAAGCUCAUGCUAUCACGAGACUAUCACGAAUUUGUCAUUACUGAAGCAGACUGGGAAAUCGAAAAAUUCAUUGUAGGAGAUGAGUCGUUAGAUGUCAAAGAGUUUCCUAUCUCUGAGCAUUUAAUGAUAAAGAAAAAAGGGCAAAUUACACGAUUUCGAGUGAAAUGCGAAGAUAUUGACCGCGAGACUGGUGAAAGCUCGAUCAAUAAAGAUGUUCAUGGAAUAAUGGAGACUGAAUAUGGUGACAUCGAAGAUGUUCCUUGGCAAAAGCUUCCUUUGAUAGAGGAAUCAUUUCAAUUCUUUCAUUCCUCUCUUUAUCGCGCGAAAGCACCUUCUGAUUUGCGAUUUAAUAUACUUUUUGAAUAA